AUGGUCAAGAUGGGUUUGAAACCCAACCCGGUUAACAAUAAUAAUGCCAUGGAGAUCCGUUACAGAGGCGUUAGGAAGCGUCCUUGGGGUCGUUACGCCGCUGAGAUCCGAGAUCCGGGCAAGAAAACCCGCGUCUGGCUUGGAACCUUCGAUACCGCCGAGGCGGCGGCGCGUGCGUAUGACAAGGCGGCGCGUGAGUUUCGUGGUGCAAAGGCCAAGACUAAUUUCCCGAAUUAUCUCGAGCUGAGCGAGAACGUUCCCGUCGGCGGUUUUGAGCGUAGCCCAAGCCAGACCAGCACCAUCGAUUACGGUUCUCCUCCGGCUUCUGUUGCACCGGCGACUGCUGUGAUGGUUCCACCGCAGCUUGAGCUUAGCCUUGGAGGCAGCGGCGGCGCGUGUUAUCAGAUCCCGAUGGCGCGUCCUUUGUAUUUUUUGGACCUUAUGGGAAUCGGAACUCGUGUUCAGCCUCCGGUGAAGUGUGGGGCCCUAAGCGAUUCUGAUUCGUCUUCUGACGUAGAUUUCGAAGGUGGGAUGGAGAAGAGAGCUCAGCCGUUAGAUCUAGACUUAAACUUGCCUCCUCCGUUGGAACAGGCCUGA